AUGCCCAUCGGCGCCCGCGCCACCGUCCUCCUCACGACGCUGGCCGUCGCCCCGCCCGCCUACUACGCCGUCCACACCGCCCACCGCCUCGAAGCCAAAUACCCGCGCCUCCAGCCCUCCGACGACUCCACCUCGACACCCGCCCUCCGCACCCCCGACUUCCCCAUCACCCACCACACGCCGCACGUCGACAUCUACGGCGGCAAGGUCCCCGCCCGCGCGCUGGCCGACUACUACGCGUCCGACGAUGACGGCCGCCACGGCCAUCCCCUCAGCCCGCACGAAGCCUGGGCCCGCUUCUUCCUCGAGUCGCCCGCCCUCCGCCUCGAGGGCAGGCUGUUCGGCGGCUUCUCCACCCGCAACCACGGCGACGCCGGCGAGCGCGGCUUCCACCCGGGGCAGAAACUGCUGAACGGCGUGCUGGAAGUCGUGCGGGCACCAUCGCCGUCUUCCUCUUCCCCCUCGUCGUCAUCGUCGCUGUUGUCCUCACGCUUCCUGCGCCCCAUCGCGGCGGCGGUGGCGCUGCCGACGACGACAACGCCGCAGCCGCUGCUCGUGCGCUGGACGUGUCCGCCUGCGGCGGUCGGCUUCUUCCACACGGCGGCGGUGCGGUGGGGCUACCCGUGGCGGCUGAUGAGCGGGGGGCGGCACGAGUUUGCGGUUGUGAGCGACGGCGAGCCGGACGCCGAGGGCUUGGUGGAGGUGCGGUUCGGGUGCGCGCACGACUACGAGCGCGUGGCGGAGGAGGGGAAGGAUCAGCAGAAGACGAUACCCGGGUGGGUGGCGAGGCUGCAUCGGGUGUAUGCUAUGUGGUUGUUGGAUGAGAGGAUUGAGGCGUUGAAGAGGUGGGCGGCGGCGGCGGAGGAGGCGGAGGCGGCGGGGCCUGAAGGGGGAAGAUGA